AUGGCGAUGAUGAUGACUGGCCGUGUGCUGCUGGUGUGUGCCCUCUGCGUGCUGUGGUGCGGUGCCGGCAGUAGAUGUGAUGAAGGGGAGGAUACGGCAAUUGUUGUCGUUUCUCCUGUUGGUCGUUCGAAUGACGGUAAUGGCGGGCCGGGACCAGCACCACCUUCACCGACAGGAAUAGGCACAUCAGGUCCACUACCAAUGGUACCAGAAAGUGAAGUAUCACAAGAAAGGAUUCCGGGAGCAUAUUCGGAAGGAAGGGGAGAAAAAAAUUAUCAAAACGAAGAUGGAGUACAGGAAAACGUUGCAGAAGAUGUUGAAAAUUCAAGAAAUCACGAAAGGCUUUCAGAGCAGUCAACGCAAAAAGAAUCUCAAGAAGAAACUCCAGAAGAAGAAAAGGAAAAAGAUGCGUAUCCACCAGCAGAGGAAGUAGUAAAAGGGACACAACAGUCACUAUCGCAAAAACCACCGCCACAACAAUUGCAGGUACAAACAACAGCACCGACAGAAGGAGGAGGCCCAACUGCACCAACAGGGCCAGCGCGACCACCAGCACCCGCAGAACCGUCAUCAAGGAAUGGAAGUCGAACAAUAGAACCAACAGAUUCACGGAAUCCAUCACAAGAAUCGCAUGAUAAGUCACUGUUACAAACCAAAACGGAGUCCAGUGCACCUGAGCCGCCAUUAAAAGAUGCUUUCUCAGAGCAACAUGGUCAAGAAACAACCACACCGGAUUCGAUGCUGAAUGCAUCUGCGGGAAGUCAAGCGAGAAAUACAGCACCAUCCACUUCUACAAGUGGCAGUGGUGAAGCCGAGAGUGAGGCUGAUGAGAAUGAUGCUCAACGGCCCAACCCUAACAAAUCACACGACGACUCCGAUUCUCGCAAAACCAAAGUUUCCACAACAAUGAGUGAGGCAACAACACAAAAAACAGAAACAAUCGCCGCCGCCCAAACAAAUCACACCGCAAAUACGGACGACAGUGAUGGCAGCACCGCGGUCUCCCACACCACCUCCCCUCUUUUGCUUCUUCUUCUUGUUGCGUGUGCGGCUGCUGCUGCGGUGGUGACCGCGUGA